AUGCGAGCAGUGGUGGCAGUGGAGAGGGUGGUGGCGGAGGCUAUGGAGGAGCUGGUGGAGGACAAGGUGGUGGCAUUGGUGGGUAGCGGUGGUGGAAAUGCUUACGGUGCAGGAGGCGCGAAGGGCGCAGGAUAUGGAAGUGGGGGUGGCGAAGGAGGUGGUGCUGGAUACGGUGCAGGUGGUUAUGCUGGAGGAGGCGGAGGUGGAAGUGGCGGUGGAGGAGGUGGUGGAUCCGGCGCUGGAGGUGCCGGUUAUGGAGGCGGAGAAGGAGGUGGUGCCGGCGGCGGCUACGGUGCUGGAGGAGCCGGCGCUGGUGGAUAUGGAGGUGGUGGCGGGAGUGCAGGAGGGGGAGCAGGGUAUGCUGGAGGAGCAUCUGGUGGUGGAUAUGGCAGCGGAGGAGGAGCUGGUGGUGGACACGUUGGAGGCGUUGGAGGUGGCUGUGGCGGAGGUGGUGGAGGGGCCUACGGUGGUGGUGGAGCAGCUUAUGGCGGUGGUGCUGGUAGUGGGGAAGGCGGCGGCUACAUUCCUUGA